AUUCACCGGCGCUUGAUGCCGCUCACGAGAGAGAGAGAGCAGUCUUAGGGACAUCAACACAGAAUACUUCACUACAGAAACAUCAACACGCUGAACACAAACCAACAUAAAACACUCAACACUGGAUCUUGAUCCUUUAUGGAGGACUCUCCACCCAAGCCAUCGGUGGCUGAGCUGGCCGGCAGGUUCAAAGGUCACAUCCUCCCCAUGCAGAGCGCACAUGACAAGUCGCCGCGUCGAAGGAACUUGCCUCCGUGUUCUCUGAAGUUUCCGAAGCGGAAAAAUGAGGCGGACGAGUCGAAGACAAACAUGGCCCCUGGCAGUCGUGUUCAGGUCCGGAUGAAGAGCCCCUCGGUCAUAGAGAGCCUUCAGGCCAACCUCGCCCUGUCCCCCACCGCCCUGCUGCCUUCGCCCAAGACCGCCGCAGAUGUCAACCCGCGGCCGCAAUCGCCGCCCUACGACUCCAGUCCCGCCUGUGGCCCCUUGACCCCCACCCUGCGGCCCCCGCAGGUCGCAGUCAAGGAGGACAAGCCAGUCGGCUUCGACAGCCCCCCCGAAGGCACGCCCCUGCCCAGCUUCACCAAGACUCGAGCGCGGCUGUCGUUCAGGAGGCGUCCUCCCACGAGACAGCACCGGAAGUCGGUCGGAGAGGACACCAACGGGGACGGCGUUUUUGGGCGCGCACAGGAGGGGGAGGAAGAUGAGCAACACCUGACAGGUGAAGAUGAGCAACACCUGACAGGUAAAGAAGAGCAGGACUUUGGCGAGCGAACAAAACCCCUCCCAAAGGACGAGGCGGAGGUUCUGGGCGAGGAAGAGCAGCCCUCUGUGUCGGACCACCGUCCGGCGGGUGGAGGAGACCCCCAGGUGCCGCACUGAUGUCCUGCCAGGUGGUGAACUAUGACAAUCACCAAAAAAAGACGCACAUAUUUUGAAACUGCUUCUUGGAAAGAGCAGUAAGUCGCGCAAAGCCUUCUCUGUCUCCCUCUGCUGGCCCUUUAUAGAACUGAAAACAUUCACACUCUUUUUUUGGAGUUCUAGACAUCUUUUUGUUUUGUUCUGACUUCUGCAAUGCAUUUGAAUCAUGUGAGUAUAAACUUGAUCUUGUACUUUGCUUGCAA